GCCAAGCCGCCGACCGUUAUCAACUGUCAAAAAAGAAGCGUUGGGGUCCACGCACGUGUUCGCGUUGAAGAUACCUGCCUACGCAACGCUAGCUUGACUCCUCACUGUUCUUCACGGUGGAGCACUUAAAAGAUCUUACGCCCGCUCACUCUCAAGAUCCCAAGAUCCUCUCUUUUUGUGCGAAAUCCUCAUACGCCAAACCCUAAUUCUCUUUAGUUGAACUUAAUUCGCGUUCUCUUCCAAGAUCUAUGGUCUCGAUUUCGGUCAUUUUGCCGUUUUGGCUCUCUCAUUGACGAAAAAAUGAUUAUAUUGGGUAGAACGAUCCUUGUCUUGCUUUCAUUUUGGAGCUUCUAUGCUUGCUGCCAUGCUCGCAUCUUCACUUUCACGAUGCACCACCGUUUCUCCGAGCCUGUCAAGAAGUGGUCGGAGACCAGCGCUGGAAAGCUCUCUCCGGAGGAUGGCUGGCCUGAGAAGGGGACUUUAGAGUACUACGCGAAGCUGGCUAAUCGCGAUCGUUUCUUCCGUGGCCGCAAACUUUCCGAUAAAGAUGACGCGGCCUUGGCAUUCUCUGAUGGCAACUCCACGUUUCAAAUCAGCUCGCUGGGAUUUCUGCAUUAUACGACUGUUCAACUGGGCACACCAGGAGUGAAGUUUAUGGUCGCUCUUGAUACAGGAAGCGACCUGUUCUGGGUACCAUGUGACUGUACCAGAUGUGCAGCAGCUGAUAGCGCUGCUCUUGCUUCAGAUUUUGACCUUAGUGUAUACAAUCCUAAUGGAUCUUCAACGAGCAAAAAGGUCACUUGUAAGAACAGUUUGUGUAUGCUCCGUAAUCAGUGCCUUGGGACUUUCAGCAACUGCCCCUAUAUGGUCUCUUAUGUCUCUGCUGAAACUUCCACAUCUGGAAUACUUGUGGAGGAUGUUCUGCAUUUGAUGAAAGAAGAUAGUCAUAAUGAGCUUGUGGAGGCAUACAUCAUAUUUGGCUGUGGACAAGUUCAAAGUGGAUCAUUCUUAGAUGUUGCCGCUCCCAAUGGUUUAUUUGGGCUUGGCAUGGAGAAAAUAUCAGUUCCUAGCAUGUUAUCCAGAGAAGGUCUUACAGCAGAUUCAUUCUCAAUGUGUUUUGGACAUGAUGGCAUUGGAAGGUUGAGUUUUGGGGACAAGGGUAGCCCUGAUCAAAAAGAGACCCCAUUUAAUUUGAACCCAUCACACCCUACCUAUAAUAUCACAGUCACUCAAGUCCAAGUAGGAAAAACUCUAAUUGACGUGGAAUUUACUGCUCUUUUUGAUUCUGGUACAUCUUUUACGUACUUGGUUGAUCCAACCUACACAAGGCUUUCUAAGAGUUUUCAUUCUCAGAUAGGAGAUAGAAGGCGUCCACCCGAUUCAAGGAUUCCUUUUGAAUUUUGUUAUGAUAUGAGUUCUGAUGCAAAUACAAACUCGACACCUAGCAUGGGUUUGACUAUGAGAGGAGGAAGUCACUUUGCCGUUUAUGAUCCAAUAAUCGUUAUCUCUACUCAGAGUGAGCUUGUAUAUUGCCUAGCAGUUGUCAAGAGUACUGAACUAAAUAUAAUCGGGCAAAACUUCAUGACGGGCUACCGAGUUGUAUUUGACCGAGAAAAGCUCAUAUUGGGCUGGAAGAAAUUUAAUUGUUAUGACGUUGAAGAUGAAGUUCCAGCGAAGCCACACUCAAAUAAUGUGCCUCCUGCUGUAGCGGCAGGGCUUGGCAACCACUCUGCGCCAAAAUCAACCACAAAGACCCGAACCCAUUCUCAGUGGUCAAGGGCAUCGUCAUCACCUUCGCACUACACUCGUACCUCACUUCUGACUUGCUUUGGAUUUCUUACUUUUUUUUUUUGGUUACAUAUUCUGUGAUCAUUCAUUUGUUUGAUCCAUUUGAGGUUCACGGUAAAUUUGUAAAAAUCAUUAGUUCAAUGCACCAACUACUUAAAUAACAGAGUAAGGUUAGUUUGCAUUGUAGUGUCCCCCUUAUGACCAUUCAUCGGUUUGAUCC